GGAGUUGGAACAACUUUUACCAGAUCACAACAGGUACAGGUUUUGCUUUUGACUUUCAAAGUGCUUUUAAUAAAGCCUCCUAUCUACUUAGUGGAGAAGAGAAGGAAAGGGAAAAACCAUUUCUAAAAAUCACCCUUGCACACCUCAUGGGUUUGCAUAAAUCUCAGCCUUCUCGGAGCUGAUUACAUUCUGCAGUCUUCAUUCGGAAAUGGAUGAAAAUUUGAGCCGGGACACAAACAGGAAGGCUCUGAGGCAGCGUUGGUCUCGCAGGCACCAUCUCUUUAAAUAGCUCCCGUGCGCUGGGAAUUGUUUUCUACUCUGAGGAGAAGCUCCCUCACAGCCCUUUGUUUCUCUGGCCCGCAGAGCUGGAGGCAGCUGCGGGACAGGUCCUGGCUCCCACGUGGAGUAGGAGGCAGAACUCUGUAGGUGGGGGGGUACAGUGGGCUGGAGGAUGGCCUCCCCACCCCUGGGCCAUGAGGACACCGGGCCACAGAGAUGUUUUGAGUGUCCAUCUCCCUUGAUGGCAUUCGUGACGCUCUUAACCUGCUAAGGGAAAGUCCAUCCCUCGCUGCCGAAGAAUCAACAGGAUGCUCUCCAAUGAGUCCCUUCAGUCCCCGGCGUUCAGCCGCUCCAACUCUCAAGCCUCCGUAGACAGCGCCUCCAUGGAGGAUUUCUGGCGGGAAAUAGAAAGCAUCAGGGAGACCAGCCUGGGGGCUCAGGAGGAGCAGACGCCUGCCGAGGCCAAGCCCCUGGACGAAGGAGAACUUGAAGCAGAGUGGUUGCAAGAUGUGGGUUUAUCAACCCUGAUCUCGGGUGAUGAGGAGGAAGAUGGCAAAGCCUUGCUCUCUACUUUGACUCGAACCCAGGCAGCUGCAGUGAAGAAGAGAUACAAUACUUACACACAAACCUUGAGAAAAAAGAACAAGCAAUCUGUCAGGGAUGUCAGAGACAUCUUCGGAGCCAGCGAAUCUCCUCCAGAUGAGUUUUGUUGUGUCCCAGCUCCUCUUCUGGAUGUGAGCCCAGAUGAAGGAAGGAUGCCAAUGGUCCCCUGCAGAAAUGGUCAGCUGCCAGGUGAUACCUGUGACAGCCAUGCUAGCGAGCUGGAUGGCGCCCAGGAGGGAAAAGCACUGCCAGGAAUCAUCAAAACCAGCGGCCCCUUGCCAGAUGGUGCUUCUCUCAACAGUAGUGCCCUGUCAGAUGGGUCCCAGGAUGAAGAGUGGAGUUUUACCAUUCCCAGGAGUGGCUCCAUGUCCAUCCUGGAGGCCGUUCCAGACGUGCCAGUUCAUUCCAACGGCGCGGCAGACCCUGGACGGUCAGCGCGGAACGCGGCAAGUGAUGAUGAAUAUCUGGAAAAAAACAUUCUGGUAGAAGCUGAAGAGCUGUCCUUUGAAGUAUCAUACUCAGAAAAGCUAACACAGGCUCCAAAAAGGAACAGAUUUAAGAAGUUAGAUUUUAAGAAAGAAGACUAUGUUUUACCUAAAUUUGUUGUUCAGAAAACCAGAUUUGGCCUAACCAAAGCAGAAGAUCUGUCUGCUGAAGACAUGAAGAAAAUCCGCCAUCUCUCUCUAAUCGAAUUGACGGCCUUUUUUGACGCCUUUCGAAUUCAGCUAAAAAGAAACAAAACAGAGAAAGUAAAAGGACGAGAUACUGGGAUUUUUGGAGUUCCCCUCACAGUCUUGCUAGAAAAUGACAGAAGGAAAGACUCUGGGGUCAGAGUUCCCUUUGUGUUACAAAAGUUCUUUGAGAAAGUUGAGGAAUCGGGUCUGGAAUCUGAAGGGAUCUUUCGACUUUCAGGAUGUACUGCCAAAGUCAAGCAAUACCGUGAAGAACUGGAUGCCAAGUUUAAUGCUGACAAGUUUAAGUGGGAGAAAAUGUGCCAUAGAGAAGCUGCAGUAAUGCUGAAAGCCUUUUUCAGAGAACUGCCCACCUCUCUCUUUCCCGUGGAAUAUAUACCUGCCUUCAUCACUCUAAUGGAAAGAGGGCCUCACAUCCGAGUACAGUUUCAAGCCUUACACCUCAUGGUCAUGGCACUGCCUGAUGCCAACAGGGACACAGCCCAGGCCCUCAUGACAUUCUUCAAUAAAGUCAUUGCCAAUGAAUCAAAAAACCGCAUGAGUAUAUGGAACAUUUCUACCAUCAUGGCACCGAAUCUUUUCUUCAGUAGAAGCAAACAUUCUGACUGUGAAGAAUUACUCUUAGCAAACACUGCUGCCCACAUCAUCCGUCUGAUGCUCAAGUACCAGGAGAUGUUAUGGACGGUUCCGUCUUUCUUAAUCGCUCAAGUCAGAAGAAUGAAUGAAGCCACCAUGUUGUUAAAGAAGCCGCUCCCAAGUGUCAAAAAGCUGCUAAGGAGGAAGACCAUAGAGCGAGGGGUUACAAGCCCCAAGACAUCAAAGGUACUGCAAAAAUCAGCCUCUACAAGAAGAAUGUCCGACGUGCCAGAGGGCGUCAUAAGGGUCCAUGCGCCCCUUCUCUCCAAGGUGUCCAUGGCCAUUCAACUCAACAGUCAAACCAAAGUCAAAGACAUACUGGCGAAAUUUCAGUGUGAGAACAGGUUUACCUCAGAAUCUCUGAAGAGGGUUGAAAUUAUAUCGCUUUCUUCUUUUCUCAGUCAUGGUUCAUCAGAAUGCAUUAAGAUCCAGAACCAAAGGCUAUAUGAAAUCGGAGGUAAUAUAGGACAGCACUGCUUGGAUCCGGAUGCUUAUAUAUUGGAUGUUUAUCAUGUGAAUCCCCAGGCAGAAUGGGUGAUUAAACCCCAACAGAGUGUUUGAAAUCACCCCCCAAGAUGGCAGCUAUCAUGUAUUACACGCCAAGGAGUCCUACAUUCAGUAGGGAAAAAACAAGCUUCUGACAUGUCUGUCCCUAGGCCCUCUCGGUGUUUCUCAGCCCAACUGGUGUCUCCCAGAAUUGCCAGCAUGAAUUGUGGAAGAGGAGCUGGUUGACCAUCUGAGCUGAAGCCGUCUCAUGGUGGUUUCUUGGUAGGAGUGAAGGAAAGAGGGUGUGAUCCUUCCAGAAGAAAGGCCAGCAUAGAAUAUGGAGCUCUCAUCAUUUCUGAUACUUUGACUCACAACAGAAAUGAGCUUGGUCUUUACACCUGGGGAUAAGAGGCACUUCUCGAUGUAGCAAAUGCUGCCAAACACAAGAGGUGGAAGAGACUUUUUUAUACCUAUGUUUUAUAUAUAUAUAUAUUUUUUUUUUUUUGACCUUUUUGGAUAAGUAUGCCAGGAAAAAAUUUUCUUCUCUGAACAGUAAUUUAGAUCUCCUUUCCAAAGAGAAUCUGUUUCCAAAGUCACACAUACAGUAUUGAUGCUCUGGCUUGCUCCUGAGUUGGAGGAGGAGGAACUUCUGUCUGCAGACCACUGUAUUGUUACGUAUGCUGCAGCAUGCUGUGACUGUCUGCUUUCUGGUGCAAGUGAACAUUUCUCCAUCAUGGACUAUUGAAAACGGAUACUUGUAAAGCUUACUCUGUUAUGAACACAUAGUUAAGGUCAGAUUUACAAAGGAUUUUCUUGUGCUUCCGUAACGUUCAGUGUAGUCAGCAGUCCUGGAGCUUCUGUUUCUCAUCAUGAUGAUGGUGCUCAGUGAAUAGCUCUCCAUGUGCCAGGCCCAGAUUAUCUUUCCUCCCCAAACAGAUCAUUUUUUAAGUUUCAUGACUGUAGAUAAUCACUUCUGCAGCCCCAGUGUUCAGAUGCAGCACUGCCUUUAUCCAACUGCUCUUUAUCCAAGAGUGCUGAAAAAUACCAUUCCAUCCAGACUUCCUAUGCUAUAAAAACAGAUUUUGUUUGUGUUCAUCCAUCAUAGACUUGGCCAGGCCCCGUGGAUUAGGAUCAGGCUUUAGAAUCAGAUGCAUGUUGGGUGACCUGAAAACUGCCUUGCUUCCAGAAGCCCACAGAGCCAUUUUUCCAGGCCUGCAGUUGGUGAGAAAGCACAGUUCUCUACGAUUCUGAGAGCAGAUCUGACAUGUGCUGAGAGGUCAGGGAGCCCUGCCUUUCCUCUGGGGACUGCAGCAUGGAGAAACGGGGAUAGAGGUCUCACUCAUCCCACAUGUGUGCUUUGGAUUAGAAUCUAUAGCUUGAGAUUUUGAUGAGCUUAUGUGAGUUUUAAUGAAAUUUAACAUCCAAAUGACUCUCCCUUGCAGUUCAAACAAUAGACAAAGUUGCUCACAAAUGCAGAAAACAUUUUAUCUACUUGCAUUGGUAGGUGGGUUCUUUACCACUAGUGCCACCUGGGAAGCCCUUUAUCUUCUUACCAAGUCUCAGAACAUAAUGUGAUGAUAAUUUAAGCCUAUAUUAUAGAAGAAAUCUUUUCCAUGUUCAUUAUGCCUUGAUAUCUAUAAAACCUUGAUUUAUAUUCAACGUUCCCGGCCAUUGGAGCUUUGUUACAUUUUUGUGGAGAGCUAAUAUCCAUUCAUUUUGUUUAUUUGAGAGUUUUUAUUUCCUUUGCUUGAAAACCCAGUGGAAGAAAAACAUGCAUUCUCUUGGUUUAUAUUUAUUCCUAUAUUUCAUCAGUUUUCAACAUAUGGCUAAUUGACAGCAUGUGAGUUUGCAUAAUGAACUUUGAGGGUCUGAGAAAAUGCAGUUAUCAUUCUUGCAAUUCAAACAACAGGAGUAAGCAUUUUACUCCAUGUAUUAGUUGCUAAGUUCCAAGACAAAAGAUGGCUGUAACUGAUGCACACAUACAAGGAAGUUCUUCAAAUUAGGUGCCUUACACUUCUGUGUAUAUAUUAAAACAAUGACUGGUUUUUCUAACUGAAUUUCCUUUAGAAUAAAUUCUGUUGUGUGUAGAAAAUUCACCGACCUAGCCAAUUUUUUAUUUUUAAUUUUUCGUUUCAGAAUUUUUAUUUCUUUUGACUGAAAACACAUUAGUACUGGUGGAAGACUUCUGAAAGUUUUAAGAUUUACCCCAUUAGUCAUUAGUUUUAAAUAAAUGGCUAACAAGUUUCUGAAUUUCUUACCCUUUGAUGUGGGUAAGAUGUGACACCAUUUAGAUAUCAAAGGCUCAGCCCAGUCAAUAAUCUUAAAUUAAUCACUUCACUGCCUUCAAGGGUGUGUGACAACUUUAAAAUAACUGUAAAAUAUGGAAGCCCAUGUCAGUACCAAUAUAUUGGAUGUAACUUGACUUCUUAGUCAUAGAAUUAACUAACUGAUCAGAGAAGAAUUUCCGGUAGACACACAAACUAAUUUUUCUGAGGUUAAAAAAGUUCUUUUUACUGAUUUUAUUACUUUUUUUUAAACUUAAGUUUAUUCUUAAUGAAUAAACAAACCCGUACAACUAAAACUCAAAAAUGCUAGUCACCUAAGUGUUGAGAAAACGAUCUUUGCCUUAUGAAGAGUUGUUUUUGCAAUAGUUACAGUAUCUGUAAAAACGAAUAGUGUUAAGGCAGACAUGAAUAGUGUGUCUGCAAGCAAAAGAAGAGUCACACCCUGGGCUUCUAAAUUCCGUUCUUGGAAGCUUCCACCUCACCUUGUCCCAUGCGCUCUUGGUGUGCAGUUAGGAAAAUGACAUCUAGGAGAGCGUUACAGAAAAUUAACGUUUUAGGAAUGCUUAUUCAGAAAAAAACCCUAGAACGGGCUCCUUCUUGCCUCCAGUCUAUAAAAGAAGAUUCCUUUGCUAAACAACUCCCUUGAGGAUAUGAUUCUUCAAGUCACUGAACAGUGAAUUCAGUGAGUUCAAGGGGAGAUCUUUGAACAAACUGGAAUAUUAAUCUCUUUACAAUGUAUAUACAGUAUAAACUACCUCACUUGUCUUUCCUGGAGGGGGAAAAAUGACAGACGUUAACAAUUUUUGUUACAAAUGGUCCCUGAUCUUAUUAUUUAAGUCACUUCAGUUAGCUUUCAAUGUACAUUUAAUAAUAUGCAUUUAAUGAUGUAAAAUAUUUUUAGCAAAAGCUUUAAAACCAAAAAUACUCUGUAAUUGUGAUGUGUGUUGUAGAGGCUGAGAGAAUCUGUCCUUUAGUCGUUGUCUCGUGUGUUUAACCAAGUGGAGUCACAGGUUUUCAAAUGUAGGAAUUUACUUCAUCAAAUUUCAUGCAUUUUCAACUGUUUUUCCCACAUUGCACUUGACUGAAAGUCAUGUGAGAUUAAAGUGCCCCUUCUUUCUAUCAAACAUAUUUCAACUGUUUUACAGAAAUGUAUUACACAUGUGAAAGGAAUAUAUAUUCUGGGGCUCUGUAGUUUCUAUUUUCUGUCUGGCACUUUCAGCUGUUUGUUUGUUUGGUUUUUUUUCAUAAACAUGUCACUUAAUAAAAAAUAAUAUGACAUGGAUUAAAAUGUUUCAGACACUUUUCAACAGUUGUACACAUACGCACACUACCUUAAUUUUAAAAUGACAUCUUUUCUUUCAGGUAUUUUCCAGCUGUUCUUGGAAAUGAUGUGAUUUGAUUGAAAAGUCAUGUUGUCCCUAGGAUGCCAGUUUUUUAUGUUGUCUCCCAUCUCAAGAGUUAAUGUUCUUUCAUCCUGUCAGCUUCAUUGCCAAGUAUAAUAUGUAUGUUGCAUUUUAUUCAUAAAAAUAAAGAGGAAAAAACCAAAAGCA